AUUAUAUUCUUAGAAUGAGUUUGGAGACAAACAUAAUUGUAUUUCAACCAUAGUGAUACUUGCUGCUAUGGUACGAGAGGUAACUGCGGGGCAAAUAGUAGGGACAGUGUUAUCAGUUUCACUUUUGUGACGUGCUGUAGCGUUGUAAAUAGCAAAUAGCUUUAUCACUACCAAGUUGAUAAACGCUCAUUUAGUCGCGAUUGUGCCAAUAAGCCAACACUACAAAUCUGGCAAAGCUACUAAAGUGUAUUAAAUUCUGUUGUUCUUAACGUCAAAAUAUAAAAUUGUAGGCUUUCGAACACAAAAAUAUAAAAAUGUUCAGUGGUUUCCGUACGCCUUUACGUUUGCGUUGGCCUAAACUGGAGCGGGCCAAGAGAAGAAACAAGGAGGAAAGGGAGACAAUGAUUGUCUUCGUCUAUGACACAGAAUGUCUCAAGGACGAAGCAGAUGAUCCGGUGGAAGCAGUUCUCUACUUUCACCCAAGUUGGGUAUCAGACACACAGAAAGUGGCACUUUGUGGGCAACUAAUGGGUACAUCGUACUUCCUAAAAGACUGUUUCUGCAAACCGAAAAUUAUGGCUUUGCAAAACGGUAAAUUUGUGUUAAAGGAAUUUGGCAGAUUUACCUUGGCUGUCGGCACGGACCGCAACAUCUCAGAUUAUUUACUCGAAAAACGUGCUGAUUUGCUUGCCUCUCUUGUGAAAUUCUUCCAUCGUGAUUUGCAAAGUCUCUUUGAUCAGUUUCCACAACAAGCGCAAUAUAAGAAUCUCUCCGAAAAGCUAUAUCACAUUUUCGAAACAUAUCUGCCGAUUUUGCAACGUAACGGACAUAUUUUCCAAAACGUACCCAAGCUGCGUAUGCCGAAGACGGCAAGCAAUAUAUUUUUGGAUGCCAUACAAACAUUACAGUGCUGUCAGCAGACCACGGGCAUAUUGGGCGGCGCCGUACUUUACCAUAACAAAGUGGUUGCGUCUCAAUUGGGCGAUACCAUAACUAAGCAGCUUGUAUUAACGGAUCCGUUGCACAUACGCACUACCGCCGAACAGAUACACAUCACUGAUUUUCACAUACCCAACGGCGUACAAAUGCUAGUGGUUUAUGUGGAUGUCAAACAAUAUAACCGAUUAGCAGCAGAUGCGCAGCGCGCUCAAACAUUACAGACCACACAACUGUCACAGGGUCUGUUUCCGUUUCAGUAUGUGAAACGUAAACUGAAACGCGAUAAAUCGUUAAUUUUCACCCACAUACCAGAGGAGAGCAGCACCGCCGGCGGUGCGGCAGGUGAACUUGCGGAGGAGGAGAAGGAUGUGGGGCAAACACUCACUGCAGUACGUUCAAAAUCAUUGCUGAUACGCCCCACACACUUGCCUUUGCGUGUUCGCAACGGUAUGGGCAGUUCGAAAGAGCUGCCUGAAUCAGGCAUUGCUUCGAUAAAUUUCGAUGAGACUGAUUCGUAUCCGGAAUUUAUUGGACGUACUAGUGUGUGUUCCACACCAAUGACCGAGAAUAAAGUUCUGCAAGUAGGGAACAUUAUGUCUAUCUGUGCUAAUCCAGAGGAUGAGAGCAACUCGAAUAAGCAGAAAAUACAAGGUACCAACCGACGGAAUUCGGUAAAAUUUGACUUUGAGAAAUUCUUUCAAAAUUUCAUUGCUAAUCCCAAUAAGCAAAUGGAGCGGCGCAACUCUUUCACCGACUUGCAAGAUUCACUCAAGAAGAUCUCGAAGAAAUUAUCACUCAAACAAUUUUCGCAUAGCUUUAAGUCUGACGUCAAUCGCAAUGGCAGCAUUAGCGGCAUUGAGGUCAUGGAAUCUCCUGAUUUUAUCGAGAAUGACGAUGAUGUUGAAGUGGAGCAAAAUUCCGACAACUCUGAUGAGAAUAAUGGCACAUCCCGCACCAUAACCGAUCCUACCUAUCCCGUUUUCAAUGAGAAUGGUCAACCAAUUUCGCGUAGCCUCUUCCAAGAGUUCAUAGAAAAAUACUACCGCUUGUGGGCGGAUAAUGGCAGCGGUACUGGCAGCGCCAAAAAGGAGGUAGAAAUCGCACAACUCAUUGAGGAAUUCAAGGAGUUCGAUAAUGAGCUUAAAAAACUAGACGAAUCGCUGUGCCGUCAGGACCUCGGCGAUAAUUGCAAUAGCACACAACUCAAAACCGAUCGUAACUUGAAUACUGAACCAGCCACCGUGAUGACAAAAGCGAAAACACCAAUUGAUAAGAAAUCACUUAGCCUUCCACUGAAGCCACUCGCCGAUGCAGCAGCCAACAAUGAGCGUGAACUGCCGUUUGUUAUAGCGAAUCGUAAGCAAACUGGUGGUGUGCCACUCACACCGCUCAUGGCCAAACUCUCUGUGUUGGCGUUGAAUGAGGAGCACAACUGCAGCGGUGCUUGGGAUGCCAACGCUGUGGAAAUUCAAACGCCACUAAACACGUCUAAAGUAUUCUCGCGUCGCAACUCCUUGAUAUGUGACGAUGCUGUGGAUGCCUUAGCGACAUUGUCUACAAACACACAGUCCACAAGGAAUGGUUUGAAGCGACUGGAGUUGUACAUGUGUGGCCAGCAAAAUAUGACCCUGCUGCUGUUAAUGGAGGAGGGAACGGCGCGCCAGCAGCCCGUUGUGCAGAAAAUGUUCGAUGUUUGUGUUGCUAAAUUUCCGCAUAUGGAAUUGCAUUUAAAUCAAAUGCUCAAUGUCAAUGUGGAAGGCGAUAAGCGUGACGGCGCCUACAGUUUCAUGAGUAUCGAUGCGAAAUGGGAUACGUUGGAGCGUAAUGGACCAUGGAAUCCGAUGGAAUUGAACAUACUCGAAUGUAUGCAUCAAGAAUUGCAGCCAAACGAUGAGAUCUCUAACUUGAUUUUGAGAUCACACGAUGCAGUUUACUAUGGCUACAAGUCUGGUCGUUCUGAAUUCUUUUACAAAGAAGAUCAAGCGGCACAUUCCACCAACGGCAUACCGCCACCCUCCGAUCCCAUGGGCAAUGUAGCGAUGCGCGCCAAAACGCAUCUGGAACGUGAUCAUUCAUACAUUUUAUUUUAAACUCGAUAAACGUAUUUGCGAAAGUAAGAUAGCAAAAUAUUGUGUGAAUGAAUGUAUUAUGCUUUCUAAAUUUUAUUUUUAUAGUAGUGAUAUUUAGAAAACUAGACUAGAUUUACUAUUAAUACUAUUAUUUAUUACUAUUUAGUAGCGGUAGCCGCAUCAACAACAAAAAUAUGUUUCACUUAAACUCAUUAGUGCGCCACUAGCCUAGCGCCGGCAAUUCUAAGCAGAUACAAAAUAUUUUGUCUAUAGUACUCAAAACUUAAAAAUUAAAUGUUAGACUCGAAGUAAAUCUUAAGAGUGUAGUUGUUGCUUUUUAUGAACACGACUAAAACAUAUUCAAUAUUGUUAUUUAAGAGAGUAUAUUAAUUAUGAAAAAAGUGUUUUAUAAUAGUAGUAAAAGAAUAUUAAGGGUUUUUUGAGAUAUGAAUAUUUUUCCUUUAUCAACAAUUUAAAUUCACAGCGCAAAAAAUUAUGCUACAUUUUUUCGUAAAGAACAGGUAAUAGAAGAGAUUUGUUGAUUUUUAUUAACAUUUUAUUAUUUAACUAUUAAAAUUUUUUGUCAAUUUAUACCAAAUUUUUUUACAAUCGAACAUUUAUUUAUUUUGGUAAUUUUGUUUGCUUAACACCUUUUAAAAAUAAUAUCUUAGCAUUUGAACUAUUAAAACUACGCGACGGCGCCUAACAGUAUGCUCUCUUUAUUAAGGGGGUAUUCUACUCUAGAAGCAUGAAUUUCAGGUAAUUUUUAAGGUGUCCUAAAAAAAGGCAAUUAAUAUUUUUGCUAUCCAUUUUUUUUGGUGUUUUUAUUGAUAUCUUAAGAAUACAGGAAAAAAAUUUUACAAAAAAAUAUUAAAAAUUAAAAUAAUUAGAGGAGGGGGAGAGACAGGUGUAAAAAAAUGGCGCAUCCUGGUGACAUUGAUCCUGACUCUCCUGGUGGUCUGAAAAAAAAUCAAAAGAAAUUCUUAAUCAGUAAGGAUGCUGUUAUAGUCCCUAUUUCAGGGAACACGAAAAAAUUUUUUUUUUUGAAAAAUGGCGACUGCCUGAAAAUAAAAAUCAUUUUUUACGUUUUUUUUUGAAAUUCCUGAAUUUUUUUAAAAUAUAAAAAACAAAAAUUUUGACACGAUGCUGGUAGGAACGAUAAAGGAUUAUAUAAAGAAGGUUCACACAAAAUUUCAAGUAAAUCGGUUGUAUAGAACUUGAGAUAAUGCCGGUAUCGUGUGGAAAAAAGUAGUUUCGAGAAAAACGCGUUUAAAAAAUUCGAUACGGCCGAACCGAGCUAGGCACUGUGUCACUAAAGUAACUGUAGGUCUUAAAAUAAUUUUAAUUUUUAAAAAUCCUUUGGAGGAUAUGUUCUUAAGGAUCUAAACUUUAAAUAUAUGAAAAAAAUCGAAUUUUUCAAAAUUCUAGAGUAGAAUACCCCCUUAAAACCUUUCGUGCUUAUAAUACCCAAUGUAACAAAGUGACGGCUGUGCAGUCACUUUUAGGCAAAUGUAACACAUUUUUUGGUAUACAUCUACACUUUUAUUUAAUAAUCAUAUAAAUAUAUACCAAAAAAAUGUGUUAAAUUUGCCUUAUCAAUUUGCCAAUUUACAAUUUGCCAUUACACAUUUUUGUUAACUAUAGACUAAGAUUUUUAGACAUUUUUUUACUCCCGUACGCUAAUAGCCUCCAUAUAUACAUAUAAUAUGUGAAUGUAAAAAUACUGAACCACUUUUUUGUGCAAUACCUCUACAAAUUCUUCCUGUAAUUAUUUUAUUAUAAACUAUUAAGUGCAGUAGGGAGAGAGAUAAGGGAAAUGAUUGUAGUUUUUAGCUUGAAAUUUGUACCUUGAAAUUGUCCAUAAAUGCUUUUUGCAAAAAGGGAGAACUUGCAACAUAUAUUGCGUCGCAAUAUAUUGUUUGAAUCUCAUGAUACUACUGUGAUCAAAUUGAAAGGUGAAUUUUGUCCAUUUCAUUUCCUUCAAAGUAAUCCCCUCCCGCUGAAAUAAACUUAUGCCAACGAAUGUUCCAGUCAUCAUAGCACUUGGAAAAAUCCUCCGUCGUGAUUUCCAUCACGCCUUCUUCGAUUCAGCUUUUAUAUCCCUAAUUGUUACACGAAGGUAAAUCUGGCGAAUGCGGUGGUUGCGGCACGAUAUUAGUUGAAAAUGUGGCGAAAUGAUCACAAAUAACCAAUGCAGUAUGAGAUGGUGCAUUAUCGCACUUCCUUGUUCAAUAUAUUCAGACAUAGUAAAAAUCGAAGAAUUCACGCGUAUAUCAAAUCUCUUCUUCUUAAUUGGCGUAUACACCGCUUACGCGAUUAUUGCCGAGUUAACAAGAGUGCGCCAGUCGUUUCUUCUUUUCGCUACGUGGCGCCAAUUGGAUAUUCCAAGCGAAGCCAGGUCCUUCUCCACUUGGUCCUUCGAACGGAGUGGAGGUCUUCCUCUUCCUCUGCUUCCCCCGGCGGGUACUGCGUAGAAUACUUUCAGAGCUGGAGUGUUUUCGUCCAUCCGGACAACAUGACCUAGCCAGCGUAGCCGCUGUCUUUUAAUUCGCUGAACUAUGUCGAUGUCGUCGUAUAUCUCGUACAGCUCAUCGUUCCAUCGAAUGCGGUAUACGCCGUGGCUAACGCGCAAAGGACCAUAAAUCUUUAGCAGAACUUUUCUCUCGAAAACUCGCAACGUCGACUCAUCCGUUGUUGACAUCGUCCAGGACUCUGCACCAUAUAGCAGGACGGGAAUUAUGAGUGACUUAUAGUGUUUGGUUUUUGUUUGUCGAGAGAGGACUUUGCUUCUCAAUUGCCUACUCAAUCCGAAGUAACACCUGUUGGCAAGAGUUAUCCUGCGUUGGAUUUCUAGGCUGACAUUGUUGGUGGUGUUUACGCUGGUUCCAAGAUAGACGAAAUUAUCUACAACUUCAAAGUUAUGACUGUCAACAGUGACGUGAGUGCCAAGUCGCGAGCGCGACGACUGUUUGUUUGAUGACAGGAGAUAUUUCGUUUUGCCCUCGUUCACUGCAAAACUCAUUUGUUUUGCUUCCUUGUCCAGUCUGGAGAAAGCAGAACUAACGGCGCGGGUGUUAAGGCCGAUGAUAUCAAUAUCAUCGGCAUACGCCAGCAGCUGUACACUCUUAUAGAAGAUGGUACCUUCUCUAUUUAGUUCUGCGGCAGGUUUUCUCCAGAAGCAGGAUGAAAAAGUCGCACGAUAGGGAAUCGCCAUGUCUGAAACCUCGUUUGGUAUUGAACGGCUCGGAGAGGUCCUUCCCGAUUCUGACGGAGCUUUUGGUGUUGCUCAACACAAAGUUUUGCGGGGAUACCAAAUCCAGACAUCGCGGCAUAAAGGCAGCUCCUUUUCGUGCUAUCGAAAGCAGCUUUGAAAUCGACGAAGAGGUGGUGUGUGUCGAUUCUCCUUUCACGGGUCUUUUCCAAGACUUGGCGCAUGGUGAAUAUCUGGUCGGUUGUUGAUUUUCCAGGUCUGAAGCCACACUGAUAAGGUCCAAACAGUUUGUUGACGGUGGGCUUUAAUCUUUCACACAAUACGCUCGAUAGAACCUUAUAUGCGAUGUUGAGGAGGCUAAUCCCACGGUAGUUGGCGCAGAUUGUGGGGUCUCCUUUUUUAUGGAUUGGGCAUAGCACACUUAAAUUCCAAUCGCUGGGCAUGCUUUCGUCCGACCAUAUUUUACAAAGAAGCUGAUGCAUGGUCCUUAUCAGUUCUUUGCCGCCGUGUUUGAAUGGCUCGGCCGGUAAUCCAUCGGCCCCUGCCGCUUUGUUGUUUUUCAGGCGGGUAAUUGCUAUUCGAACUUCUUCAUGGUCGGGCAAUGGAACGUCUGCUCCAUCGUCAUCGACUGGGGAAUCGGGUUCGCCUUCUCCUGGCGUUGUGCAUUCUCUGCCAGUCAGCAGGCUGGAAAAGUAGUCACUCCAUAAUCUAAGUAUGCUCUGGGCAUCGGUCACUAGAUCACCUUUGGGGUUCUACAAGAGUAUGCUUCGGUCUUGAAACCUUCUGUAAGCCGCCGCAUUUUUUCGUAGAAUUUUCGAGCAUUACCCCUGUCGGCCAGCUUAUCAAGCUCUUCAUACUCACGCAUUUCGGCCUCUUUCUUCUUCUGUCUGCAAAUGCGUCUCGCUUCCCUCUUCAACUCUCGGUAUCUAUCCCAUCCCGCACGUGUAGUGGUCGAUCGUAACGAUGCGAGGUAGGCAGCCUGUUUUCUCUCCGCUGCGACACGGCACUUCUCGUCAUACCAGCUGUUCUUUUGCACUUUCCGAAAACCAAUGGUUUCGGUUGCAGCUGUACGUAAGGAGUUCGAAAUGCCGUCCCACAGUUCCCUUAUACCGAGUUGUUGACGAGUGCUCUCAGAGAGCAGGAAGGCAAGCCUAGUAGAAAAUCGUUCGGCUGUCAGUUGUGAUUGCCGCUUCUCGACGUCGAACCUUCCUUGUGUUUGUUGGCGUGCGUUUUUUGCUGCACAGAGGCGGGUGCGAAUCUUGGCUGCAACAAGCUAGUGGUCCGAGUCGAUGUUAGGACCUCGGAGCGCACGCACAUCUAAAACACUGGAGACUUGCCUUCUAUCUAUCGCAACAUGAUCGAUCCGGUUGGUGGCUUUUCUAUCGGGAGACAGCCAGGUAGCUUGAUGUAUUUUCUUAUACUGAAAUCUAGUACUGCAGAUAACCAUAUUUCGGGCCCCGGCGAAGUCGAUCAGCCUCAACCCAUUUGGGGAUGUUUCGUCGUGGAGGCUGAAUUUACCGACCGUAGUGCCAAAGAUACCUUCUUUGCCCACCCUGGCGUUAAAGUCGCCAAGCACGAUUUUGAUAACGUGGCGGGGGCAGCCCUCAUAAGUGCGCUCCAAGCACUCAUAAAAGGCAUCUUUGGUCACAUCGUCCUUCUCUUCCGUCGGGGCGUGGGCGCAAAUCAGCGAUAUGUUGAAGAACCUCACUUUGAUGCGGAUUGUGGCUAGACGUUCAUUCACAGGAGUGAAUGAUAGUACUCGGCGACGGAGUCUCUCUCCCACCACGAAUCCCACACCAAACUUGCGCUCCUUUAUAUGGCCACUGUAGUAAAUGUCACAAGGACCUACUCGUCUCUGUCCUUGUCCCGUCCAUCGCAUUUCUUGGACGGCGGUGAUGUCAGCCUUUAUUUUUACGAGGACAUGAACCAGCUGGGCAACGGCACCUUCCCAAUUAAGGGACCGGACAUUCCAGGUGCAUGCCCUCAAUUCGUAGUCCUUAUUUCGUUUGCCACGGUCGUCAUCAAAAGGGGGGUCUCUCAUCCGAGGCUGAUUGCUAAUUUUCAUUGGUAAGUUUUUUUUUACGUGGCGGGUCCAAAACCCAGCGCACAACCCUGCGGAGGGGAUGUUUCGCCUUCUCACUUUAGCUCGCCUUCAAACGGAUGUUCUUAGGCUACCCAGAGGAUACUUGGUCAAAGACCGGAAGUAGUGAGUUGCUUGAGUCAUAUGUAAAAGAAUCGUUUCUGGCCACUCCCAAGUGAAUGGCGAUCAGAGAACUUUCCUCACUUGCGUGAACUUCUACAUAUGACUCCAUCCUCCGUAUAUCAAAUACUAAUGAAUAUUUCGAAAAACUUACAGAAAAAAAAUUUACCGAUUCGAAAAAGACGCGAAGUAUAAAUUAAAAAUUCACCUUUCGAUUUGAUCACAAUAAUAUGAUUUUGAGAGGUCCUUACUGCAAACACAUACAUACACAUACAAAUAUACAUAUAUAUUUUAUAAAUAAGAAAUCACGUUCCAGAAAAUUUAACGUGCCAAUUACACAUUCCAUUCCAUUUCAUUAAAUUAAUAUUAAAUAGUAAUUGCAUAAGUUUUAUUGGAUAUGGAGCCCAGUGGCGUAUACCAUAGAUGUAGUAAUGCAUUCACCUAUACUUAUCUGGUGUUCAGCACCUUGCAGAAGAUUUCUUGUGUAAUGGUUGCGCUGAAAUUUUAAACAAAAGAAAAUAAGAAGUGCUGCGGGCACUUCUUUAUAUUUUUGUUAUUUAUCCUUUAUCAAAAAAUAUCGACAAAGAUAAUAUAUUAUAAUGGAUUUUAGGUAGCAACUCAUAUCAUAAACAUUAUUAUGUACUGUCCUCAUUAAAGCUCAUUGCUUGUCCGAACACCGCCCGCAACGCCGUUCAAUUAGUUGUAAGGACAUAAUUAUCAACAAGAAGAGAAAACGAAAGUAAAAUAAAAAGCGUAAACUAAAAGAUUUGACGAUAAUAGUUAUGAUUAGUGUUGAUGUAAGACUUAUAAAAAGUCAGCUUCGGGCUUUCUGUGAGAGAGUUGUUACUUUUCAAUAAACAAAAAAAGAAAGUAAAUCUGAAACACUUAUUUUAGCGUCAAUUUUGUAUUACAACAAAUUACAUUUACCUCAGCGUUUUGACUGUCAAAUAUGGCAAAUCGCCAAUAUAGAUCUCUCGAAAUCCACGACAGCUAAUGUUAUACCUAAAGUUUCCGGAUGCGUUUAGAAGUGUACAAAAUUCUGUUUGAUAUAAUUGAAAUAAUUUCUCCGAUGGAACUGUAUUUUUAAGAUGUUGCUCUUUGUUUUAGCUUCGAGCUAAAACCGCUUAAAGGAAAUGUUUGUUACUUCUUUAUAAUUAAAUGAAUUUUAUUACAUUAUAUAAUGAGGUAACUGCGAAAAUUGCAGUAUUUUUCUUUUAAAUAAUCCCAAUUCUCUAAAACAAGUUUAUUAUGUUGUUAUACAUAUAUGUGAGUUUUUAUAUACUUAUAUAUAUUUAAUCAGACGAAAACUUAUAAAAUACAUACAAAAAAAAAAAUAAAUAAAUAGUUAGUAAAAGUCCUUAGCAGCCAGCUAAAGCAGGAUGCGCAAUAUUGAAGUGUAGUUUUUUUUCGCUAUAAUUUUCUACACUUAAAUGCUUUAACACUUACAUAUGUGUCUACUUAAGCAUACCAAUUGUUGACAUUAUUACAUACAUACAGACAUACGUAUCUAUCGUUAAUUAUAUAAUUUCAAAUAAACUUAUUUAUGUAAA